AUGAGUAGCCCUGAAACCGCAGAACGGAUGGCUUUGUGGGCAAUGGAGCUUAGUGAGUUUGAUAUACAGUAUCGUCCGCGAACAGCUAUAAAAGGGCAAGUAGUUGUUGACUUCAUCGCUGAAUUCACCCUCGGGGAUGGCCAGGGGGCAGAGGAGAUGCGGCAGUGGAAUAUUUAUGCGAACGGGUCAUCCAAUAGGCGAGCAGGAGGGGCCGGUGUGGUUAUCCAAACCCCAGAGGGGGAUAAGAUCGAGUGUAUGAUCCGACUAGAUUUCCCCACAACCAACAACGAGGCCGAAUAUGAAGCCUUGGUGGCAGGGCUAGACCUCGCAAAGGUUGCAAGUGCUGAAAACAUGGUCGUACACUGCGACUCACAAGUGGUAACAAGUCAAAUUAAUGGCGGCUACGAGUGCAAGAAUGAAAGGAUGAAGAGGUAUCUAGAAGAGGUGAAGAAUCGAAUCGGUAGUCACGAAGUCAGAUUUGUUCAAAUCCCAAGGAAGGAAAAUGAAUGUGCCGACCGCCUAGCAAAAGCGACCUUGGCAGAAUUUAUGCUUGUCCCCGAACAAGUAUUGUCAUUUGUUCAAAUCUCCUCACUGAUUGAUGACGGAACAAAUGUGCAAGAAGUAGAUUCUGAAAGCAAUUGGACUACGCCAUUGAUAUCAUACCUGAAGACUGGCGUAUUACCAGACGAGAAUGACGCCGCCAGGAAGUUGAAGGUCCAAGCUACACGGGUUAUGCUGAUAAAAGAUGUCUUAUACAAAAUAGGAUUCUCUCGAUCGUAUCUGAGGUGUUUAAGCCACGAGGAAGCAAAUUACGUAAUGAGAGAAGUCCACGAGGGUAUCUGCAAAAACCACUCGGGGGCACGAUCAUUAGUACAUAAGUUGAUCCGAGCAGGAUACUAUUGGUCUACAAUGCUGAAAGAUGCACAAGCUUAUGUCAAGGCCUGCGACAAAUGUCAAAGGUUCAGUAAUCUCAUCAGGCAACCGUCCAAAGAGCUGACUCCCAUGACAGCCCCUUGGCCCUUUACUCAAUGGGGACUAGAUAUCAUGGGCCCCUUCCCAACAGCAGUUAGGUACGGAAUACCUAGAGUGCUUGUCUCCGACAAUGGGAAGCAAUUCGACAACAGCGCAUUUAGGGACUUCUGUUCAGAGCUAGGUAUCAAGAAUCACUACUCGUCGCCCGCACACCCACAGGCCAAUGGGCAAGCUGAAGUCACAAACCAGUCCUUGCUCAAGAUCGUCAAGACCCAGCUCAAGAGGGCAAAGGCAGAAGUAGGGCUCACAAGCUAUCAAGUGGAGAACUACGACGAGGAUAAGAACGAAGAGGCCAUGCGCCUUCAGCUCGACCUGGUGGAUGAAGUACGAGUGACAGCGGAGCAAAGGAUGGCGCGGUAUCAGAAUCUCAUGGGGAAACACUACAACUCCAAUGUCAGGCAUAGAGACUUUCAAGCUGGAGAUCUUGUACUACGAAAGGGCAGACUUCAGGACAAGGAUGCAGAGGAGCAGCAAGACAGGAAUCAUCAAGUCAGGGACUGGCUCAAGAAGCUUAGAGAUGCAGUAUAUGGCGAGGAUGAUCUGUUGAGUGAUUUCUCUACUGAAGACUUGCGCCGAAGGGUGAUGGGUGGUGAUAAAAUGGCAAAGAAGCAAGAAGAAAAGUCUCUAUAUUUCACAAUUCACGGUAGCAAGGAUACUUUGCGUGGGGAUCUGAAAAUAGAAUAA